UGCAGGCCGCACCAAUAGCAGAGCGAGCGCGGGACCCCGUGGAAUGAAUGUAACCCCAGCCCGCGGCCUGAGCCCGGCAUGCUGGGGCCGGAGCGCCUGUGUGAUUCCACGGAUGACACAGAGAGCGAGAGCGCGGGGCCCCACACGCACGCACACACCUGUUUUACUGGGCUUACACGACGAGCCGCGUCAACGUGGCAUUUCAUCUGGACGCCGCUGGUUAAAGUAACACACAGUCGGCUGAGGUGCCCACGGUUUCAUUUCCCCACAUCUCCUUUUACGCUUUAAAGAAAACAGACACACACAGCUGGGCAGUCUCUAUUGUGAUGGACCGCAAGACUGGAGUGGAGAACAAGAGCCAGGCGAAGGUCAGAGUCAGUCGGAACACUUCAGACACGCACCGUGACAUUUCCCACUUCACUGAAGGGGAGGAGGCCUUGGAAACACGCUCACCUGUGUGUGCAGAGGUCCCUGUGACAGGACCACUGCGCACUGCAGAAUUCAUGAGCGCGGCCAGUCGAGGCCAACUGGAUGUAAUAGACAAGUAUCUGGCUGACGGCGGAGACCCCAACGUGCAUGAUGAGCUGAAGAGGACGGCGCUGCAUCGAGCGUCUCUGGAAGGACACACCGCCGUCGUCCAGAGGCUGCUAGACGAAGGGGCCGAUAUCAACUCUAAAGAUGGCCUGGGCUCCAGGGCCAUACACUGGGCCUGCAGGGGGGGGAGUCUGGGAGUCGUCAAAGCCCUGAAGAGCCGCGGCGCUGACCUCAACAUCAGCGAUAAGUUGAACAGCACUCCGUUGCACGUAGCCACAAGAACAGGUCACGCUGCUGUGGUGGAGUACCUGCUGUCCUCCGGUGCCAAGAUCGACUCCAGGGACCGGGAAGGUGACACCGCCCUGCACGACGCCGUGCAUCUCAACAGAUACAAGAUAGUGAAGCUGCUCCUAAUUGCAGGCGCUGACACCCAAAUAAGAAACCAUGAGGGAGUGACGGCUGUGCAGCAGGUAAAACAAUGGCAGUCUGACAUCAUGGAAACCCUGCAGAGGCUGGAGAUGCUGAAGGAGGUGGAACUGCUGCAGCCUCAAAACGGCACGAGAGAGAAGUAAAGCCCAGCUUAUGCACGAGCCUCACGUGCCUUUUCUUUGUCUCAGGUCCAGAUACAUUCUCACUUUCACUGCAAAUCUGUCUUCACCAUGUUUGAUUAUGUGUAUCAUCGUUCUCUAUGUGUAAAAACACAAAAUAAAGCUACGUUUAUACGUCUGCUUUUAAACUAGGUCCAGACUCAGGCUCCUGUGAUUUGUGAUGCCUUUGGAGGUUGAAUGAUAUUAACAGUUGGCAAUGUAGAUAGGUUGACGCUGAAUGUAAAUGAAGGUGUUGUUGUUUUAUUGAGCGACACGGUAGCGGUUUAUUGUCAUCAGCUGACAAUAGCAGAGCUGGCUGGCAUACCCUCUGUAAAGUCUGGGAUUCAGGGGAGCUCAGUGGACAUAUUUUCCUUGUGCCAUCAGUGGCUUAAAUGUUCCUGAGGAAGUCUGAUCGCUCUCACUGGGCAAGAAAAAAGCAGACACGUGCAUGUACAUUACAGCCUUUGCGCUAAUAUGUGAUGAACCUUCAAUAUCUGAAAUGAAAAAAUAAAAAUGCUUCUAUAUCCAAA